CAUCUCGUUUUGCACUUCAGUUCCCAUCAGUCAUAGCGUCACCUUUGUGUCACAUGACCUCACCGCCAACGUCACAUGUCAACAUGGCUGCUGGGCUGAGCAGUGAAGAUUUUACCAACUUGCAGCUUCUGCUAAAGGCUCCAUCUAAAGAUGCAGUGAGAGAUGUCUGUGUUCAGAGCUACAGGGCUCCGAGCCGGAGGCUGGCAGAAAGCACUGCAGCCACAUUCAGCGUCCCUGCAGUAGAGGCUGCCCAGCUGAUCCAGUCCCUCCACACUCUGUCACAACAUAUCCUCUUCUACAACCUGACAUCUCCUGAGCAGAUCCUCGCAGUCUUCCCAGAGUCCUUUCACUCCAAUCUGAAGAACCUGAUCACUAAGAUCUUGCUGGAAAACAGUUCGGCGUGGAGGACAGAAGCUCUCAGUCAUCAGGUCUCCCUCCCUCAGCUGAAGGAGCUGGACUGGAGAGUUGACUUGGUAACUGGUUCUGACUCGGUUAGUCGGAUGGCAUUGCCAACCUGCUUGGUUCAGCUGAAGAUGGAGGAUCCAUGUCCGUCAGCAGGUGGAGAGUCGAUCUCUACAGUUACAGUGGAGCUGAGCAGGGAGUCACUGGACACCAUACUGGACGGACUGGGACGUAUCAGAGACCAGCUAUCUGUGGUGGCUGGGAAGUGAGAUGAUUCUGUGGACCCACAGCGUCGUCCCCUGGUAUCUUAUCUGGACUAAAGGUUUCUCCUGUUCAUGGUUUACACCUGAAAAUGUGGAUGAAGUUCAGAUUCUUUCCCAAAUGGGUCCAGUAGGUUUAUCAUUCUGAUGAUUUUUUUUUUUUUUUUGCUGAAUCUGACCACAAAAACCUGCUGCUGUUUCAUUUAGCUGCAGAUCAGACCAGAAAAGUUAAAUUUUUUAACAUUCAUUAAAUAUUUGAAAAAUUAUAAUUUCACAUUCUGUAUAUACAUUUAAUGUCAUAGAUUAUUCUACUCAAACAUCAUUCAUGUGUAAAUGUGUUUUGUUCCAUUUUUACUGUUAUGAAAAUAAACUAAUAACACAGUCAGA